AUGAAGUAAUCAGUCGAGCCAGAAUUUCAGCUUCAAAAUAUUUUGGACCAUUGACUUAGGGAUUGGUUACAGAGAGAGAGAGAUGGGAGCAGGCCAUGGAGGGAGCACAACUUACAAGGGUGUAACUUUGCAUCACCCAAAGAGAUGGCAUGUCGUCACCGGCAAGGGGUUGUGCGCCGUCAUGUGGUUUUGGGUCUUAUACAGGGCUAAACAAGAUGGUCCUGUAGUAUUGGGUUGGCGUCAUCCUUGGGAGGGCCAUGAUGACCAUUCUCAUGGCCAUGGAGACAAGCACUAGCAUGAAAUGAGAGAAACUUGUAUUCAGUUUCGGUGAUUACUGGCACUGUUUUGGACUGCAGCCUGAAGAAGAAUAUCCGACUCUUGUUGCUGGUGCAGAUACUGUUUUGGAUGUCUUCUGUUAAUUUCUUCUGUUCCAAUAAAGUGAUUGUGAAAAGGGAUUGUAAGCAUAAUGAGAUGAAAAAUGAGACUCACUUUCAACAUUGUUUUUUUUUUUUUCUUUGUAAGCAUGGAUUUUUCUGAUUUUUC